UUUUUUUUUUACUCAUAAUCAAUGUCUGCAUUUAACUUUAUGAACAAGACAGAAAGUCAUGAGAGUCUUUCAUCUGUGCUCUCGUCCUCACUCAUUGAAGAUUUGUAUGAUUCUCAAAUAGACACGUUUGUUAAUCAAGCGAAACCUACCCCCUCUCGACCGCAACAAAAGAAGAAAAAGAAGAAGGGGCAGGAAUCGACCAUUUUCUCCAUGAUUGAUGAUUUUGCUAUGGCUUCGCAAGACCAAAGGUUAUCUCCCAGUUCUGGCAGGAGGUCAACUAACUUUGAAGUAAAGUCUGCAUUUCCCUUCAUGAGUUCAUCGUCAUCGGCAUCUUCCUCAACCACUACCGCCACCACCAAAACUUCUUUUCCGGUAACCUCAGCACCAUCAGGACGUAAAUUUCAAGCGAACGAGGAGCUAAAGCUAAUUUCGGCCAGUUCUACUUUACACCGUAUACAAGCCGAGAAAAAUCAUCGCUUGCAAACGUUGCAACGUCAUUAUAAACGACAAGAGCAAACACGCGACCAAAUAAUGACGCUGAGAACCCGACUUUUGGAGCUGGAAAAGGAACGAGAUGAAGCGAUAUCACAAGAAGAUUUUGUACGUGUGGAGAGAUUAGAGGCGACACGGGUAAAGUUAACCCAAAGUUUAAAUGAACUGGACACGGGGUAUUUACCUCGGGUAGAUGCAGUAUGGCGGGAGAUGCAUGAUAUUAUGGUAAGAGAGUCGGAAGCAGCGACGCAUGUAUUGGAUUGUUGUGAAAAGGUAAAAGAGGAACGUCAUUUACAGUACAUGAAGUUUGUCACGGAUCAUGAACGCAUGCAUCAAAAACGCUUAGAAGAAAUCGAGCUGGGCAGACAAGGCCUUGAAUCACAAAAGAGUGAGGUGGCCUUUGAGUUGGGACUUUGGGAGCAGGCAGAUGAGGAUCUGACCGAACGCAAAGGAGAAGCUACUUUUCAACUGGAUCAUCAACAAAAGGAUCUUUCCAAAGAGGUGCAACUCAUCCAAACCGAGAUGGAUGAUCUGAAACUAAAAUUAAAUAGGCUUCAAACUAAAAAAGCAACGCUGGAGAAGAGCAUGACCGAGAUAGCCUCUGUUAUGCAUGAAAAGUUAUUGCCGUUCUCGCAAGAAACCCUAGAACAUGAGCAAGAAUAUCAGCAACUUCAAUCCAAAAAGAGCGAUAUUUCCGAAAAAGAACAUGUUUUGAAUGAGCAGGAGACGGCGAUUAUGGAAGAUAUGAAUAAACACCAGCAAGACAAGGAUGGCGGGUUAAAUGAACUCCAGACACUAAAUGAACAAAUGGCCGAGGCCAUGGAACUGGCACAACAAAAGGACAUGAUGGAUUCACUUUUACGAUUUAUCCAGUGUAUUCAAACGCGAGACGGUACAUUAGCACAGCAUCAACGAGAGAUCCAGGCGUCUCGGGAACGUGUUCGGGAGGUGGAAAAAAAGGUGGAUGCGAUGCAAGAAGAGUUGUUUGGACAGCAACAAAAAAGCAUCGAAGUGGAUGAGUCAAUGAGAGCAUGGGAGCAUAAAAUAACGCGUUGGCAACGACAAAAAGAGUUAGCGAUUGAAAGCCGUCGGUUUCAAAAUGCUGCAGUAUACAAAGAUCAAAUCCAAUCCGCGCAGCAUGAAAUAGACAGGUUAAGAGACUGUUCGAAACUGAUAGAGAAGGAGGAUGGGCAGUUAGAGAAACAGCAAGCGAAUCUUGAGCGCAUGAAAGAAGCACAUGAAGCUUUAGUGAAAGAGAAGAAUGCUGAAAUUAAAUCAGUUCUGAAGCAGACUUUGGAGCAAAUAUCCAAUUGUGAGUUGCCAUCAUGGGUUGAUCAUGAGGUAGAAUUAAUGGAAGCUCAUAUAUUGCAACAAGAAGAAAGAGUAGUAUGAAGAUGAAACAUUGAUGCAAUGUAUUUUUAUUAAAAUAGGGGCAUUAUUUGAAUUUU